GCCAGCCUCCUUUGCAAUGCCUUUGAGUGGCAGCUUUGCUCUGGGAUUGGCAUCUUAGGAGCAGGAGGCAGAGAGAAUAAGUGAGGGAGGGUCUGCUCUUGUUGGCAUCUCCCCCAAUGGCACCCGGGGGCUGCCAAGGCCUCUGUGGGGCUGGGCGACCCUUUGUCUCCAGAGCUGCUGCCUGGGAUUGGCUGUGAGGAGCUGGCAGAGCCUCCGUCCCCCCCUCCUCUAGAGACCCCCACCCACCCCAGACCCCUUUUGUUGUGAAGAAAAGCAGCCUCCGCUCCCACUGCCGGCACCAUCACUCCCUGGUCUGCAUCCAGAAGGAGAGGACAUGCAUCCCGGCAGGCGCUGAAGGACCAGGAGAAGAAGGAGAAAAUGGUCCUCGUCCGGGGAGAAGUCGGCUGCUGGGUCCUGCUGGGAUAUCUCCUCCUGCCCAACUCCGUCUUGGGUUCUCAGGACAAUGGGAAGGUGAUCCACAUCAACAAGGUCCACCACCAGCCGCUCCGGGUGGGGUUGUCCGAGCCCGUGGCCCUCCCGUGCCUCUUCCUCUUGCAGCCACCGACUCACCUCAGCCCCAACGAGGCCGCCGACCCGCCCCGCAUCAAGUGGAGCAAAGUGCAGUCGGCGUCGGGCCAACCGGAGGACAUCUCGGUCCUGGUGGCCAAGGACAACGUGGUGAAGGUCUCCAAGGGCUACGAGGGACGGAUCUCCCUCCCGGGUUACCCGCACCGCCGCUACAACGCCACCCUCCUACUCUCGGCCGCCCGAGCCAGCGACGCUGGGCUUUAUCGUUGCGAGGUGGUCGCCGGGAUCCACGAUGAGCAAGACCUGGUGCCCUUGGAGGUCACGGGUGUGGUUUUCCACUACCGGGCCGCCAGCAACCGCUACGCCUUGACCUUCCCAGAGGCUCAGAGGGCUUGCGAGGAGAAUUCGGCCGUCAUGGCCUCCCCGGACCACCUCCAAGCGGCCUUCGAGGACGGCUAUGACAAUUGCGACGCCGGGUGGCUCUCCGACCAUACUGUUAGAUAUCCCAUCACCCUUUCAAGGCCGGGCUGCUAUGGGGACCGGAACAGCCUCCCUGGUGUCCGGAGCUACGGCGAGAGGGAUGGCACUGAAGCGUACGACGUCUACUGUUAUGCUAGGGAGUUGCAAGGGAGAGUCUUCUACGCCUCCAGCCCGGGACGGAUGACGUUCCCGAUGGCCCAGAAGUACUGCCUGAGUCGUGGUGCCCAGUUGGCGACCACGGGUCAACUCUACCUCGCCUGGAAGGAAGGGCUGGACCAAUGCGACCCCGGCUGGCUUGCUGACGGGAGCGCCCGCUACCCCAUCCGAGUCCCGCGGAAGAAGUGCGGAGGGGACGAACCCGGCGUCAGGACCGCCUACCAGUUCCCCAACCGGACGGGCUUCCCCAACCCGUCCUCCAAGUUCGACGCUUACUGCUACAAAGCCCGUCAACCCGGUAAGAAACCAAGCAGCCCGUCCGUCGGGGCGAGCCCCAGCCCCGUGGUCCGCCUGGAUCUGGAAGCGGAGGGAAGCCACGACGCGGGGAUCGAGAACGUCUUAGUCGAACACGACUCCGACGUGCCCUUGCUGGUCCAGAACGAGCUCUUCCCGAAGGAGAACGAGGAGGCCAUCAUUUCGGGAGACUCCAAAGAGCCCUACAGCCCGUUCAGCAAGGCGGGCGUCCCGUUGCUGGAGGACGACGAGCAGCUACAACUGGUGACGGCGUUCCCUGAUGGAACGUGGGACGGCAAGGACGAGAGAGAGGUGGAGACAUCCUCACCAGUUUAUCCGGGCGACCGAUAUCACGUUGUCUUCACAGAAAAGUCAACUAGUGUUGACCCAACGCAAGGGACUUCUCCUUUGGUGGACGAAUCUGAAGAUGAGGUGACGGACGUGGUCCCACACGAGACGGCAUCACCACAGUUUCCCACCUCGGCUUUUAACCCAACAUCUCACACGGGUCAACUCACCACCGAAGGGAGCUCGGCGUUGGCCGAAUCGACACGGAGGAGCAUUUACUCCGGGCUGAACGGGCGUUAUUUCCAGCGGCGGCGGGAAGACGAAGUGGACGCCGACGAGGAGGCGGAAGGGAGCACCCACUUGCCCACGCUGCUGCCCGUCCUGGCCUUGGCCGUCCACCGGAUUGUGGACAAUUCCAUCGAGGCCGCUGCGAGCGCCGAUCACGGCUCCACCGCGGCGCUGAGAAGCGGCCCGAGUUACGCGCUGUCUAACGAAGUGGAAGGGAAUAGGCUCCUGGCAUUGGAAGGUGAAGACCAUCACGAGAUAUCUCCCCGCAGUAGGAAAGAGUGGAUAGAAGAAGAAAACAUCCAAGGACACGAGUCACCAAAGCAGGAGAGUCCGACCUACAAAGAAGAUCCUCACACCUCGACCAAUGGGAUGCUUUGGACUACCAGCAUGACUACGACAACGAGAGGUGAUGUGGAAGAUACCACACUUGGUACCGGCAUCCGAGGCGACUACCCUCACACUCAAGACAACGAGGACGGAUUCUCCGGCCAUGCGGACGCAACAACAACAAUACCGGACGUGGCCCCGAAAGCCGAGCGCCAAAGGAGUCCGCCUCGCGCCAAUGAUGAAUCGAGCGGCGAGGUUGAAUACGAUUCUCGAGAUGUUCCUGACAAGGAGGUGCUGAGCUUUGAAGACCAUCCUAACUUGCCCCGGGUUGUCGCAGAAGAUCUGAACUCAACGAACACCCCGGAGAUGGUAGCGAUGGAUGCCAUCUUGGACGAGAGCCACUCACAUUUGGAGGACUUAGCAGAAGUGAGAGGACACGAAGCCGUCACGCUCUCGGCCGAGGAGGUCCGCUCUUUGAAACCUGACCACGUAGAGUCCAAGGAAGCCAAUGUGGGGGUGACAAAAGGUGACAAAAUCGCCGCCGUGAUGGAACCCGCUACGACAACAAGCCCAGCAUCCAUUGGUAACUCCAUGUGGACCAAAGUCUCAGACUUGUCCGAGGUCCAAGGCAGCUGGGAGGUGGUGACACAAAGCAUGGAAGCCCACCAUGAAGUUAGUCAACGUUGGGAGGCCACCACUAAUGCAACCGGAGAUGAUCUUGAUCAUUCGGAAGACCACGUCACACCAGAGCCUUCCAACCACGAAGCUACUUCUCUCUUACCCUUUCCAACCAAGGAAGUUGGAGAAGAAGAACAGCCAAUGACUUUCCAAAGCACACAACGUCAACAACGUCCUACAGAUCCCAACCCUACGCUCCUUGGUUCUCCAAGAAUGACCGAAGUAGAAGAAGAGAACGACGGAUACUUCCAUCCCAGCAGUCUUCUCCCUAUGGACGCCGACAGCGGAAGCGGAGAAGAGAAAGGCGAGGCGUCGGCGGUCAAGGAGGACGAAGGUCUGGCGUGGAGCGAGGAGGCCAACGUCACCCUGAUGGCGGACACGGACCCGUGCGACAACGACCCCUGUCUCCAUGGCGGGACCUGCCAGUCCAACGGGAACAUCUCGACCUGCAACUGCCCUCGCGGCUUCACGGGCGAGAACUGCGAAAUAGACAUCGACGACUGCCUGUCCAGCCCCUGCCAGAACGGCGGGACGUGCAUCGACGAAAUCAACGCCUUUGUCUGCCUCUGCCUGCCCAGCUACGGGGGGAACUUGUGCGAGCGAGACACGGAAGGCUGCGACCACAACUGGCACAAGUUCCAAGGCCACUGCUACCGAUACUUCGCCCACCGGCGCUCCUGGGAGGACGCGGAGAGGGACUGCCGGCGCCGGUCGGGACAUCUGACCAGCAUCCACUCCUGGGAGGAGCACAACUUCAUCAACGGCUUCGGCCACGAAAACACGUGGAUUGGCCUCAACGACCGCAUUGUGGAGCAAGAUUUUCAGUGGACGGACAACUCAGGCCUGCAAUACGAAAAUUGGCGAGAGAACCAGCCGGACAACUUCUUUGCGGGCGGCGAGGACUGCGUGGUGCUGGUGUCGCACGAGACGGGCAAGUGGAACGACGUCCCUUGUAACUACAACCUGCCCUACGUCUGCAAGAAGGACACAGUGCUAUGUGGCCCUCCGCCCGCCGUGGAAAAUGCCUUCCCCAUCGGCAAGAAAAAGGAGAAGUACAGCGUCCACGCGACGGUCCGCUACCAGUGCGAGGAGGGCUUCCUCCAGCGGCACCUGCCCACCAUCAAGUGCCACGUCAACGGGACGUGGGACCGGCCCCGAGUCCUUUGCACAAAACCCAGGCGCUCCCACAGAACCCGCCGGCACCACCGCCACCGCCACCGCCAGCACCACCGCCACAAAUCCCGCAAGGACCGGCGGAAACACUCCAAGCAGCAGCAACCGCCGCAUCCGAAGGCGGACUGGAACGAGGACGACGGCAAUUACUUCUAAGCAGCGAAAAAGCACAAGUCCCGGGCUUCCCGUCCUCGCCUCCCUUCGACUUCUCUUCCGAUGCCGUCUCUUCCCUCCCUCCGUCCCCGUCCCUCCAAUUUUAUUUUCUCCGUCCUCUUUUCGGUUUUCGAAUCAUGCGGAAUUGUCAAAAGUCUGAUAUCGUCAGAAGGAAACGGUUUGGCCACUGUUGAGAGACAAAACCGUACGGAUUUGUCCCUUAACGUUGGCCGAAACUUUCCGCGAAAUCUCAUAACGAUCCCAAAUUUGGCGAGCCACCAAUUCCUCUUUCUGCGAUCGAGCACGGUCUUUAUUGUUUCAAUCCCUUUUGGAAGGGCCACCGCCCUUGAGUUCUUAUCGCAACUUACUUGCGGCAAUAAUACACAGUAGUCUAUCCAUACAUAGAUGACUGGCUCCUUGUGGCUUACUCCAAGCAUCGACUUCUCGCUCGUGUCACUUCAACUUUGUGUCCCCUCCAGAAACUGGGCCUCGUAAUGAACCACGAGAAAUCCCAUCUAAAGCCGAAGCAACGGCUCAAGUUUAUCGAAGCUCUGGUAGACUCACUGAAGUGAUUUAUAGUUUCCAAAUCACGCCCCGCCCCGAACCGCUGCUAGCUGGACAGCAAGUGUCCCAGAAGCAAACAAAAUACAGCCGAGUCCUUUUUCACCGCAAACACAUGCUUCAUCCCAUCCAAUUGCUAGUAUCUGACCUUAUAGUAAACUCACGAAUUUGCGUUUUCAUCCAAAAUAUCCAGAGACUAUAAUCGUCACCGUUGUGAUAUAUACACAUGUACAAACAGGAUACAUAGAUCCACUUCCCUUGUACUUGCAAACAAUCAGAAUCACAGAUACUCACACUGAGUCACUCAGGAGAGAGAAAGGUGGAUUAUUUCAUCCUCCUUAUCGUUUCGCCCAUAUCUAUGGCAGGCAUCCUCAGAGGUUGUGAGGAUGCCUGCCAUUGAUGUGGGCGAAUCGUCAGGAGAGAAUACUUCUGGAAAACAAACAACAACCCUCUCUCAUGCUCUUUAUAUAGACAUUAGAGGUGUGCAAUUAUUUCGUUAGUCGUCGUAAGUCGGAUCAAAUUCGUUAAAUUUGUACUUACGACGCGAUAUCCGACACGCAGGCAGAAACGUAAGAUAUCGUCGAAGGCUUUCAUGGCCGGAAUCACAGUGUUGUUGUAUGUUUUCUGGGCUGUAUAACCAUGUUCCAGAAGUAUUCUCUCCUGACGUUUCGCCCACAUCUAUGGCAGGCAUCCUGAGAGGUUGUGAGGAUGCCUGCCAUAGAUGUAGGCGAAUCGUCAGGAGAGAAUACUUCUGGAACAUGGCCAUACAGCCCGUAAAACAUACAACAACCCUCUCUCAACCUCUUUAUAUAGACAUUAGAGGUGUGCAAUUUUUUCAUUAGUCGUCGUAAGUCGGAUCAAAUUCGUUAAAUUUGUACUUACGACGCGAUAUCCGACACGCAGGCAGAAACGUAAGAUAUCGUCGAAGGCUUUCAUGGCUGGAAUCACUGGUUUGCUGUGAGUCUUUCUGGCUGUAUGGCCAUGUCCCAGAAGCUUUCUCUCCUGACGUUUCACCCACAUCUAUGGCAGGCAUCCUCAGAGGAACAUGGAGCAUGGCCAUACAGCCCGAAAGUCCCACAGCAACCCAAAAAUGUAAAAAUUGAAACUCAUCCAAUACUUUGCAAUACACCUCACAAGUUUACAACUCCGCCAUAACCACGUCAUGACGUCCACAGUCACUACACAAGUGCUAUCACUAUUCCACACAUUCAUCAAACAGUAUUUUCUAUCUAACACUGCUAUGAGAAGGGUGUCGCAUUGAACAAUAAUUGCUCGAGGAACCCAUACUAUAGUUUCCCCCCUUUAAGUUGUCACGACUGAGGCCGAGGUCGGACUUGUGUGCCGUCGUACGAGAGAGUGAGUUUGGUGCCGUCCCAACAUGGCCGCCGUUUCCCCUCCUUUUGUGUGUCCCUCGGAUCGGCCCUUUUGUGCGGAAAGUAAUAAUAAUACGAGCGGGGAGGGAAGGAAAGAGGGAGGCAGGAACCGGGGAGACGAAAACAAGAAAACCCUCUGCGGUUUUUCUGUACUGCUGGACAUUUUAAUAAAUUUUUUUAACAGUAAA